UUAAAUCCAAACAUGGUGAUGUGGUGUGUUUGCUGUGUUGUCGCUCUUAUUUAGUUUUAAUACCAUUUCUGGUUUUGCAGGGCGCCGCUUCACUUGCUGGCGUCCCUGAUGCAGACCGAGCGCGGUAGGGGGGCUGGUCUCUGAGGUGAGUCCGGCUGCUCUUCGGCGGAGGUUAUAAGGCUGCGCCCCGGCGGUUUGCUCUCAUAGCUCGGCGGUCCUGCCAUUUUUUUAAAUGGAAACAUUGAAGAUGACAACCAUGGCAGAAGCUAUGAGCAGUAAGGACUCUGAGUCCUGCAGCGUACUCAGCUGGGAUCAGGUGAACCGCCUGAAUGAGGUGCUGACGGGGGCUGUGCCUGUGCACGGCCGAGGCAACUUUCCCACCCUGGAGGUGCGGCUGAAAGACAUUGUGCAGAUUGUUCGAAACCGACUGGAACAAAAAGGAAUAGUAGUGAGGGAUGUGCGUUUAAACGGCUCUACUGCCAGCCACGUGUUGGUUCAGGACAACGGAUGGAGCUACAAGGACCUAGAUCUAAUUUUCAGGGUGGACCUUCCAAAUGAGGCGGAGUUUCAGCUCAUCAGAGAUGUGGUGUUGGGCACCCUCCUGGAUUUUCUGCCAGAUGGGGUGAACAAGGAGAAGAUCACUCCCAUGACCCUCAAAGAGGCUUAUGUACAGAAACUGGUGAAGGUCUACACCGACCUUGACCGGUGGAGCCUCAUUUCCCUGUCUAACAAUGAGGGACGAAAUGUGGAGCUAAAAUUUGUUGAUUCAAUCCGCCGUCAGUUUGAGUUCAGUGUGGACUCUUUCCAGAUUGUUCUGGACUCUGUUCUGUCUUACUAUGAUCUUUCUGAGAACCCCAUGUCCCAGCACUUCCACCCCACUGUGGUCGGAGAGAGCAUGUAUGGAAAUUUCGCCGUUGCACUCGACCACCUGAAAAACAAGCUGAUUGCCACCAAGCGCCCAGAGGAGAUCCGUGGUGGGGGACUGCUCAAGUACUGCCACCUUCUGGUGAGGGGCUUUCAGCCCACUGACCAGGAGGAGUUCAAGGCUUUGGAGAGAUAUAUGUGCUCCCGCUUCUUCAUCGAUUUCCCUGACAUUGUGGAGCAGCAGAGGAAGCUGGAGUCCUACCUGCAGAGCCACUUCAUCGGCGAGGAGAAGAGCAAAUAUGACUAUCUCAUGAUACUCCACCGGGUUGUGAAUGAAAGUACAGUGUGCCUUAUGGGACAUGAAAGGCGUCAGACCCUCAACCUGAUCUCCCUGACUGCCUGCCGCGUGUUGGCGGAGCAAAAUGCCAUACCAGAUGCCUCCAGUGUCACCUGCUACUAUCAGCCUGCCCCUUAUGUCAGAGACCUGAACUUCAGCAACUAUUAUGUGGCCUCCUGCAACCAGUCAAUUCCAACAUGGUUGCCAUGUAACUGAGGGACAGAAGGACACCAAGUUAUUAACAGGGUCUGUGAUUAUAAUUAUAUCUUCCCUUUAUAGGUAUAAACACAAUAUUUAAAUGGACAAGUGCUUGACUUUUUGUUGUGAUUCUCAUUACUCAUUCCUUUUUAUAUGGGUGGCAAGAUUACUGGACCUGUGGUUUUUUUGUGAGUGUUUUUUUUUCUCUUGCACUUAUGUUGUCUCAGGUUUGUCAAUCCCCUUUUGGGUCCUGGGUGAAGAAUAAUUUGGUCUGUGAACCUGCUCCCCCUUAUUAUAUGGGUACUGGGGCAGGCAUAUGGUACUUUUAUUGUGGUGGGCUUGGAGGGCUGGAGCAAAAAAAGAAUUGUGCCUGCAUUGAAGUUUAGUAGUAAGAUUGUGUUUUUUUUUCUUUUGCAUUUUUUUUUUCCAAAUACUGGACGGAAGUGUAAGUAUAUAAGCGGGUAUUGGUGUUAAGAUAUUUUGAAUGUUUUUGAAUUCUACAUUCUUUCCCUUUCCAACAUCGAAAGCAUAACUUGGAAAUGAGGGGUAAAGACCCGAUAAUUAUGUAUAGAAUAACGAUAUGAAAAUAUGAGCUUUUGUGGUAGAUAAAGUAUUAGGAGUUUACUCCUGCCAAUAGACUGUUUGCUCAUCUUGUAUAUGGGGUUGUGGGACUUUAUCGACCUUUAGUGGAUUUUGUUACAGUAUUCUCCAUUCUGUGAUGUAAUUUUUGGCCUGAAGAAAUGUUGAAAAAUCAUGAAAGUUCUUGUAAGAUGGAGAUUUUAGCAUACCUACAGGUGUGUAACUUUCCCCCAAUGCCUUUUUUUCCAUGGAUUCUGGAGAUAAGGGGGUCAGUCCCUGGGUUUGCCUUAAAAGGAGUGCUGUAGUUUGAGUCGUUGAUGGGCCCUUGUACUGGUUUGCACUGAAAUGGAAUCCUGGUCUAUAGCAGGUCAGCCAAUAAAAGCAAUGGCGAUCUAUAAUUAUCUUCAGAGUGAGUCAAGUGGGGGUUGGGGUUUGGGGGAGGGGGGCUGCCUCUGCCAGUGUGACAACUAUUGAUGCUGACUCAGUCUCUCUUGUUGGGUAGAAGUUUGUGGGGGAGGUUACAGUCAGCAUACCUUUCUGAUCAGUGCAGAAGACAGCAGGCCUGAUCUGCAAUUUUGUAGUACAGCUACAUGGCGUAAAUUGAUUUAAGUAUCAGUCAAGAUUGGCACGUCAAGCGUAUUCCAUGGUGGUAGCAGAUCCCUGCUGUGGCGUCACAGAUUCCUGCUGACACAGGCAGUUCUGCCCUCUGCUUCCUCUGGACUGCCAUACAUAGUAUUUCUCAGCAAACUUGUUGCCCUGCCAAAAAUGCUUGCUGUCUAUCAUUUUACCAUUCAAAGGGAGGAAAGUAGCGGCCAUGGAUAUUUAAGGGAAAUUGCCAGUUGGCCGUACAGAGACAGGCACCUCACAGGGUUCUCGCGUUCUUGUAUGUUUAAAUAGGGCACUUGGGUUUAGAGUGUUGGGGAAAACACACAAAAGCUUAACUUUGUUCUGCCCCCUCUGAAACAUUUUAUUGGCAUUUGGCUACUUAAAACUUUCUGCAAACCUGAUUAGUCUUAUCAGCUCUGUACACAUGCUGGUGUGACCUGCCCACCCCUCCACCCAAUAGACCUGAUAGAUUGUGUCUGUUUGAUCAGAUUACCUAGAACAAGUUUUGGAUUUACCUGGCAAAACAGAUCCUGAACAGAUGGAUGUUGCUUUUUUUAUUAUUAUUAAAGUAUCUUGGACUUGAGUUAGUGGUUAAGUACUGAAGUGCCAUUUUUCUGAAUUUAAGGGUUUGAUGCUGAUGUCUCCCUCCUUUCGACUCUAUUAGACACAAUGUUGAGGAUGCUUUUGCAAGGUUUUUGUUUUAAAGUCCUUUAAGCGUAUAAUGCAUUGGUACCUAUUACCAUGUGGCCUUAAAUGCAAUUCAAGUCUUCCCACAGGAUUUUGCUUUAGUCUUUCUGAGGCAUGGGGGUGUUUGGUCUUCAUAUAAUCAAAAUGUAAAAAAGCAGUUCUGUAAGCUGGAUUGAAAAGAAAAAAUACAAGGGGAGGGAACUAAUAUGACAGCCUGGUCUAUCUUUGCUUUGAAAUGAGGGGUUUGUAAACAGCUGCAGGUGAGUUUUGGUUUUGGCGGGGACCAAACUUCUGAAAAUGCUGUGGGGGGGGGACUUCUCUAGGGAUUUGCUGUGUAAUUAUUUGUGGCUGUUUCAAACCAUCCCUAUACCCUCGACUUGCAUCUGUAACAGUUUCUGUCCUAGUCAGUACUUAUGAACUUCCUGUUCUGAAAACCCGAGAUGAUGUUCUGUGGGAUGGGUUGUGGGUUUUCCCUGUGCUUCAGCAAAAACUUUUGUAAAGUGGUUCUGGUGCUUAAGAAGUCUGUCUUUAUUUUGCACAGAAAUUGUAACAAAAUGCAAGUGUCUUUUUGUUCUUGAUCAAGUAUUUUGAGAAGACUGGGUGAAAGAGGGAAAUGAUGCUCAUCACUCACCUAUGUGGGUUUUUUUAAUUUUUUUUUUUACAUCGAAACUGGGUGGGUAUGAUGCCUUACGGAGACUUAUGUGAAGUCCAUGUUAAAUUAUGAAUAUCCCACUACCUGUUUUGAGCAAGUUCUGAUCUUAAGUGCCUUCCUUGCUCCUGAUUUGGUGGAGGAAUUUCGGGUGUGUUAGGCACUUUAGGCCGGGGAAUGGAAUGGGUUUGAUAGUCUUUCUGGUGUGUCUGUGUGUGUGCGCGUGUGGUUCUCUCCCCCCCCCCCCCCCCCCCCUAUGAAUACUGGGGUCUGCAAUAAGCUGCUUGUGCACAUUUGUGUAUGUUUGUGUGCACAAGUUAUAAGGCAAGUGAUGUUCUUUAUUCCUGGAAAAUUUGUGUAAACCUUUUGCUUUGUGUUUAAUUCAACAUUUUUAGCACUUUAACAAUUCACUUUAACCCUCCUUGAGGAAAUGUAAUUCAGAAAGAUGUUUGAAGGGACAAAAAAAUUUAAUAAAGUGUUCAAAGCCCAAA